AUGAAUGUUGAUAUGAUGUUUAUUGCUACAUGUGCAGCGUGCAAGCACCAAAGGAAAAAAUGUGAACCAAAUUGUCAGUUAGCUCCAUAUUUUCCUUCUACUAAAGAUGAAGAUUUUCAAAAUGUUUAUAGACUUUUUGGAGUAAAUAAUACAAUUAAGCAUAUUAAUUCUGUUGCUAAUGAUCAGAGAGCAAAACUUGUUGAAACUCUAAUUUUAGAGGCAAAGAUUAGGAAGGAAAAUCCUGUGCAUGGUUGUCUUGCAAUUGAAAGAAAGUUGAGGGCAGAAAUUGAAGCACUUGAGAAGGAGCUUGAAAUGGAGCGGCUAGCUGAGCCUGAGGUGGGGCUUGAUUGUCCGAAGCUUAACUUGUGUGAGUCCAUUUUCUAUGUUACUCAUCAGUGGCCUUUCCCUUUCCGUUACUUUGGAAGGGAUUCUCCAUUGUACUAUUUUUUGUAA